CUUCUUCUUCUUCUUCUUCUUCUUCUUCCGUUAUCUGCAAAGCUGUAUCUGUUAAGCCCCAAACCGGGAUCGAAGGUCUCAACAUUGCCGAAGAUGUUACCCAGCUUAUAGGAAAAACCCCAAUGGUUUACCUGAACAAUAUAGUGAAAGGAUGUGUGGCCAAUGUUGCUGCCAAGCUUGAGAUUAUGGAGCCAUGCUGUAGUGUCAAGGACAGGAUAGGGUAUAGCAUGAUACUUGAUGCUGAGCAGAAAGGAGCUAUAACACCUGGGAAGAGUGUUUUAGUCGAACCUACUAGUGGAAACACAGGAAUUGGUCUUGCCUUUAUAGCGGCUUCAAAAGGAUAUAAACUCAUUCUGACAAUGCCUGCAUCAAUGAGUUUAGAAAGACGAGUUCUUCUGAAAGCUUUUGGGGCUGAGCUUGUUUUAACUGAGGCAGCAAAGGGCAUGAAUGGAGCAGUUCAGAAAGCUGAAGAAAUUUUGAAAACUACACCUAAUGCAUACAUGCUUCAACAAUUCGAUAAUCCGUCUAAUCCUAAGAUACAUUAUGAGACAACUGGCCCUGAGAUAUGGGAAGAUACAAGAGGCAAAGUUGAUAUUUUUGUUGCAGGAAUUGGAACUGGUGGAACCAUUUCCGGUGUUGGUCAAUUCCUAAAACAGAAAAAUCCAAACGUAAAGGUUAUUGGUGUAGAGCCUACGGAAAGCAAUAUACUUUCUGGUGGAAAGCCUGGACCUCACAAGAUUCAGGGUAUUGGGGCUGGUUUUGUGCCCAGGAAUUUGAACCAAGAUAUACUUGAUGAAGUUAUAGAGGUAUCGAGUGAUGAAGCUGUUGAAACUGCAAAGCAAUUAGCACUCCAAGAAGGCUUACUGGUGGGAAUUUCUUCUGGAGCUGCUGCAGCAGCUGCAAUAAGGGUUGGAAAGAGACCUGAAAAUGCAGGGAAGCUUAUUGCGGUUGUAUUCCCAAGCUUCGGUGAAAGAUAUUUGUCUACUGUUCUCUUCCAAUCAAUUCGAGAAGAAGUUGAGAAAAUGCAACCAGAGCCCUGAAAAGAACAACUUUGCUCUUGUUAUGGCUUAACUUUCAUCAUCAUCCACCUUCUUGUAAAACAUGGCAACACAUGUCAACGUGUAGCUCUUUUUUUUUUCCCUCAAUUUUUUACUUUUAAGAAUUUAGAGAAUUCUGCACGCCAUCUUCUUACUAUUUUAAAUUUUAAAUUUUAAUUUUAGGGAUAAACUUUCCAGAUGUGUAUUACUAUCAUUACUCUUCUAGUCUUCUUCAUGUAUUUGUAUUGACUGCAAAUAAGUCUCUCGAUCGUGUUCCUUGUUUUAAAUAAAAUAAUCGAUCAAACAAA